AUGAUAUUUUGUUCAAUUGUUUUGCUGUUAAAUUUAUAUAAUUAUUCACAUUAUUGUAAAUUAUUAUCAAUAAAACAAUUAAUUGCUUACAGAUAUAUUAUAUGUAGAAAUAAGACAACAAUUAAAUAUCAAAUCAAUGACAAGACUAAGAGUCGCAAAGUUGUUAAAAGUGUAGAAAAGAUGAAAGAAAAUGAUAAAAAAGUGGAUAAAUCAUUGAUAACCACUGAUGACAAUGGCCUGAGAUUCAACCGAUUAGGGAUCCAAAUGAUAUCAAAGAAUCUUCAUAAACGCAUUUUUGGUGAUUGUGUGCCAACCGAUGAAAAGUGUGACAAAAAGUUGAUUACAGCUAUUGUCAGACAAUUGAAUAAUCAGGGAUUCAAAGGACAUGACAUCAAAUCUAACCAACAAUUAAAUGACAUUCAAAUUGACAAAUAUUUGCCACAAUUUUUAUCAAAUGAUUUAUCAAAACAUUAUCAUCUAUUGGGUCAACAAUUUUCUCAAAAGUAUAAACAAUUAUCAGAUGAUUUAAUUAAUGCUAAAGUGAUAGAUAUGCCUAAAGAGUGGGUUUUAGAUGAAGGAUGGACUCGAUAUACAAACGACUCAAAUGGCAAUAUAACUCAUCAAAGAGUUGACUUCCCAUUAGAAAAUGAUUUAGUAUUUGAUGUCGAAGUUUGUAUGAAAGAUAGUAACGGACAAAGACCUACCUUAGCAACAGCCAUGUCAUCAAAGGCCUGGUAUUCGUGGUGUAGUUCAAGACUUAUUGAAAGCAAGAAUAACGACAAACGAUUUGAUACUAAGUUAAUAAUGAAUGAUAUGAUUCCUAUGGGUUUUGCCAACAAUGAAGAGAAACUAAUUAUUGGACAUAAUGUCAGUUUUGAUCGUUCAUUCAUUAGAGAACAAUAUGAUAUAAAGUGUGAUAAAACUAGAUUUUUAGAUACAUUGAGUCUUCAUAUGUGUAUUUCUGGAUUAACUCAACACCAGAGAGCACUUUCUUAUUCUAGAAAGAUUGGCACUACUGGUAACAUAUCUGGAGAUAUUGAUCCUCAUUUAUGGGAUGGUAUUGGAUCUCUUAAUAAUUUAGUUGAUGUUUUUCAUCUUUAUUGCGGUGACGACACGCAACAAAUUUCAAAGGAUCCAAGAAAUAUAUUUAUAAAGGGAUCAAUUGGUGAUGUAUUUGAAAGUUUUCAACAAUUAAUGACUUAUUGUGCAAAUGAUGUGUUAGUUACACAUAAAAUUUUUAAGACAAUAUAUCCCAUGUUUUUGGAGCGAUUCCCAAAUCCCAUCACUUUUGCCGGAAUGUUAGAAAUGUCUGUAAUGUAUUUACCGGUUAAUACAUACAAUUGGAACCGUUAUGUAUCUGAAUGUAAUGCCAUUUAUGAUGAUCACGAAAGAGAACUAAAUUUAUCUUUACGUGAAAUAGCAAAUGAUUGCUGUUCUCUGGCUAUUGACAAUCAAUAUACCAGUGAUGUCUGGCUUUGGGACUUGAAUUGGGAAACGCAACAAAUUAGGUUCAAAAAGACUAAACCAGAAAUUACUAACAAACGAAUGACUAAGAAUUGCGGAUGUGAUCCAAAUUCAAUCAUAGAUUUAAAAGAUGAUAAUAUCAAUGAAAAUGUGUCUAAAAUAAUGAGCACCGGAUCCUUAUUAAAGAAAGUUCAGCCAUUAAUGCCAGGAUAUCCUAAAUGGUAUCUCGAGUUUUGUGCAAAAUUCAAGUAUGAUUUUGAUGCUAAUGGAGACGUCAGUCCUGAAGACCUUGAAUGGGAGUCCGGACCCUAUAAGAUAAGCACUCAAAUGCGUUCAGUGCCUAAACUAAUGCGACUUCUUUGGAAUGGAUAUCCACUUCAUUUCGAUGAAAAACACGGCUGGGGUUAUAUCACACCUGAUAUUACAGCAAAUGAUUGUUCCGAUAGAGUUGAAGGAGGUAUUGAUGACAAUAAAAAUACAUUAUAUUUUCCGAUGAAAGAGUUUAGAAAACUUAUAAAGAAUAGACAAAAACAGUUCAAGAAAUUAAAUUUCAAUGAAUCUCUUGAAGAAAUAGAAACAUAUAAUGAAUCAAAAGGUGAAACUAUUAAGGCUUACGACGAUGUAAUCAAAGGAUGUCUUUUUUAUAAACUUCCUCAUAAGGGAGGACCUGAUAAAAGGGUUGGUAACCCGUUAUCUAAGGAUUUCCUAAAGAAAGUAGAAGACGGAUCAUUAACUUCAUUAGACACUCAAAUGACAAAUUCAGUGCUUAAUCAUAGCAAAAGACUUUCUUAUUGGAAAAACGCUUCGAAAAGAAUUUGUUCCCAAAUAGUUGUGACAUCUGACGAUUCUUCUUCGGGAGCUAUACUUCCAAGAGUUAUUGUUGCCGGAACUGUUACCAGACGUGCUGUAGAGCCGACAUGGCUUACAGCCAGCAACGCAGUCUCUGACCGAUUAGGAAGUGAACUCAAAUCUAUGAUUCAAUGUCCUCAAGGCUAUCAUUAUGUCGGUGCUGAUGUCGAUUCUCAAGAACUAUGGAUCGCCUCAUUAAUUGGCGAUUCCUAUUAUUCAGGAAUACAUGGAUCCACAGGAAUUGGAUGGAUGACACUGGAAGGUAAUAAAGCUAACGGUACUGAUAUGCACAGCAAAACUGCAGCUUCUAUUAAUAUAACUCGAGAUGAGGCAAAAGUGUUGAAUUACGCCCGCAUUUACGGUUCCGGACAACCAUUUGCUUCUCGAUUCUUAAUGCAAUCAAAUCCAUCUCUAACUCACACUGAAGCUAAAGAAAAGGCAAAAAAGAUAUUCAUUGAAACUAAAGGAAAACGAAGAACAAUAAAAUCUAAAGUCGAAAACAGAAAUGAAAAUGAAGACAACAAAGAUGUUACUCGAAGACAAUGGUUUGGUGGAAGUGAAUCGCAUAUGUUUAACAAAUUAGAAGAAAUUGCUGAAUCAUAUGAACCAAAAACACCAGUUCUCGAGUGUCGUAUUAGUAGAUGUUUAGAACCAAAAGUAGUUAAACAUAAUUAUAUAACAUCACGAGUCAAUUGGGUGGUACAGUCAUCAGCUGUUGACUUCUUGCACAUAAUGUUAGUUACAAUGAAGUGGUUGUUUAAAGAAAUGCAAAUCGAGGGUCGAUUCUCGAUUAGUAUUCACGACGAGCUCCGGUAUCUCGUCAAAAGUGAACACAAAUAUAAGGCUGCCUUAGCUCUACAACUGUCCAAUUUGUUGACCCGAUCUCUGUUUGCUUAUAAAAUGGGUUUAAAUGAUUUGCCUCUUUCUGUGGCUUUCUUUUCUAACGUUGACAUCGAUAAGUGUUUGCGCAAAGAAGUUAACACCGACUCUAAAACACCGUCCAAUCCUUUAGGUCUUCAUAAAGGAUACGGAAUACCCUUCGGUGAAGCACUAGAUAUAGUAAACCUAAUCAAUAAAAUUGAUUUCUGA